CAACAUGUUCGAAGAAACUAGUCAACUCUCUUACCACAACAAAUAAUUCAAAGCAAAAACACAAGAGACAAACAAAUAAGACAUACUCUUUGUUCCUAUAAAAACACCCAUUCUCAUCUCCUUGUUCAAAUCAAGUGUUUUCCCCUCUUACAACCUCGAGCACAACUAAAUCAAACCAUGGAACUUCACUUCCAUAGCUCCUCUUCAACCAACAGCAACAACCACACAACAUAUAAGUCCACAAACAGAAGCCCUAGCAAGAGCAAGUUUGUGGGAGUGAGGCAGAGGCCCUCGGGCAAAUGGGUGGCGGAGAUCAAGAACACGACCCAAAAGAUCCGGAUGUGGCUAGGCACAUUCGACACAGCUGAGGAAGCCGCCCUGGCUUAUGACGAGGCAGCUUGCCUCCUUCGUGGGUCAAACACACGCACCAACUUCUUGAACACCAUGCCUUGCAACCCGGCCCUCUCCUUGAAGAUCAAGAACUUGUUGAAUCAAAAGAGGAGCCAAAAUAAGGCCAUUAGCCCUCCAACUUCUGCUACAAGGUAUGCUGAUCAAGAUGUCAAUGGCAAGGCCAUUGAUACUACUACUAGUAGUAGUAGCUCUCAAUACACUACUAAUGAGAGCUUUAGCAGCAACCAAAUCCAAAUGGAGGGCUCUCUUGAUUUCACCUCCAAUCCAUGUGAGGAUGCGUAUAAGCCCGAUUUCAGCCAUUUCACGCCCGGAUAUGAGAUGAUUACCCCUCAUUUCAAUCUUGACAAGGCUGCAGACGCGCCUAGAAGAGGCGCGAAUGAGGCGCCUUCUUUCUCGGAUUUUGAGAGAAUGAAGGUUGAGAGGCAGAUAUCAGCAUCACUCUAUGCCAUGAAUGGCAUAAAUGAAUACUGGGAUACCAUCAAUGACUCAAAUGAUGCUUUGUGGGAUAUUCAAACUCUCUGCCAAAUGUUCUGUCCAAGUUAAAACAAAUACUAGAUGGAUUCCCUUUUUUUUUUGCAAUUUUUGAGCAGUGGCUAAAUCAAGUUAGGAAGAAAGUGAUUGAGGUUGUUGUUAGAUUUGCUUCAUAAACUUCUAGAGGGAUCAUCCAAUGUGCCUCAAAGAUUUAUUUUGUAUUUUAAUUUUCACCAACUUUUGGAACAUGAACAACUUUGCCUCAUCUUUA